CUCGACUGGACACGGACAAACUGACUUUUCAGAAAUUAAGUUUACUUCCGGCAAUCAGCACCCGAAGAAGCUGGCUAAGAUUUGUCUGUUUCAGAUAAUGAACCCUAGCUGUUAAGACUGAAUACAAUGGCAACAAAUGAGAAUUCUAAUCCUUACUAUGUUAACUAUGGUUUUCACCAUGGAGAAGGGAAGCCUACACACUGUAGUCCAUCCCAACAGGAUUAUCAUGGUUCUCCUCCCCAUGCCCCCCAGUAUGGUCCACCACCAAUCAAUACCAAUUUAAUCUUAACCCACACAAACCCUGUUUACACCAAAGAAGGAGCCAAAAAAAGCCACUGCAAGUGCAUUGCAGUUUUGGUAAUUUCCGUGUUAGUACUGCUGUCGGUUGCUGCGAUUCUGGUUUGGUAUUUCUUGUUCUUCAAGUGUGACGUGUCUUGUCAUGACAGCGGCCAGUGCAUCAGCACUUCACAACUGUGUGAUGGGGUGAAGGAUUGUUCAUCAGGGGAGGACGAAGCUCAGUGCUUUCGCCUCUAUGGUUCAGAUUUUGUUCUGCAGACCUACUUGCCUGAAAGCCAGUCUUGGAAGUCCAUUUGUGCUGAUGGUUGGGAUGAAAACUAUGGGAUUGUAACAUGUGAGCAGAUGGGAUACAGCGGACAAACUUAUGUUAAAUCUGGACACGUGCAGUCACAAUCAAGUAGCCCCGAUGGUUUCAUAAAGCUGAAGCAUGGAUCAAGCCCUGCAGGCCCUAUGCAGCGCCAGUUCAUUAGCAGUAAGUCAUGCUCAGCCAGUACUGUGGUAACACUUCAGUGCAUAGACUGCGGUUCCAGAACAGUCCUUUCAGGGACACGAAUAGUGGGUGGCAACAUAGCCAAGAAGGGGGCUUGGCCCUGGCAGGUCAGUCUACAUGUCAUGUUUCAGCACCUGUGUGGUGGAUCCAUCAUCACUCCUGACUGGAUAUUGACAGCUGCACACUGUGUAGAGAAGUACUCUGACCCAAGAGACUGGACAGUAUAUGCAGGCAGUCUCAAUCAGAAUGAAAUGCACUUUUCCCAAGGCUACCUGGUUGAACGUAUCAUCACCCACAAUUUUGACAGCGUGACCAAUAACAACGAUAUUGCUCUCAUGAAACUGAGGCGGCCGCUUACAAUGUCAGAUGUGGUGAGGCCGGUGUGUUUACCUAAUGCUGGCCUGAAUUUUGCUGCGCCUGAGAAAUGUUGGAUUUCAGGAUGGGGGGCCACUUCGAGUGGAGGGCGUGGUUCAGAAGUUCUGCUGGAGGCCCAGGUCUCACUGAUCGAUCAAACUGUCUGCAACAGCCGCCGAGUGUAUGAUGGAAAAAUCACAAAGACCAUGAUCUGUGCUGGAAAGCUAGAAGGUGGAGUGGACUCCUGUCAGGGUGACAGUGGGGGUCCUCUGGUAAUGGAAAAAGGCUCCGUGUGGUGGCUGGUCGGAGACACUAGCUGGGGUUAUGGUUGUGCCCAGAGGAACAAGCCUGGAGUCUAUACCAAUGUGACGUACUUUCUGAGCUGGAUCUAUGAACAAAUGCAGAAGUACCAAAGGAAAUGAAACCAAACUUGGAACUGCAGCGGGGACAAACUACCGUUCAAGUACUUGUGUAAGCUUGGCCUUACUAUCAAAUACAACUAGCAUAUCAAAUUAUUUUUUACCAAGUAAAAUGCAUUGUUUUUCAGAUCAUUUGUUUAACCUGGGAAAACAUGUUGUUUUUUUUGUGUGUGUUCUGUUAGAUUUCAGAAGCAAUAAGUGGUCUUGUCUUGAAUCAACGAUGAGCUAAUAUAUACAUUUGUUGUAAUCAAUAUUUUAUUUAUCGAAAAUUAAAUGUGUUUGCGAUCAUG